CUAACUGGUUGCCAUUGAGCUCUAAUAAAGAGAAAUGAGCAAUGGCAGAAAGUAAACAUAAACAUUAUGAUUAGCCAUGGUAUAAGAUAUUUAUUGAUAUUCGAAACUGCACUAUUAGAAAGAAACAAAUUUAAACAAUGGCAAAUAGUGCAGUUGCUCGAUCCCUCGCAAGAAGUAUUCGUCCAUUCGAGCGGAAUUUCGAUAUAUGUAAAUACAGAUGUCAGAGGACCCUUACGCUAUGUGCAAGAACAUCCUUAUUACAAUUACAAGCCAGCAGCACGUAUGUCAACAAAGUCCAUUUCAUGAGAACAUUUUUCAAGUUGCCAAAUUUAAAUCCACUAUCAAAUUUGUCAAAAAGAAAAGCUUAUGCAGAACGUCGUUUACUAGGAUAUUCAAUGGAACAGAUGUAUGAUAUAGUGUCAGAUGUAGGAUCUUACAAGGAGUUUGUACCAUGGUGCACAAACUCAGCAGUUUAUGAUGUGCGGCCUACCGGAUGUAAAGCAAAAAUGGAAAUAGGUUUUCCUCCACUAUCUGAAAAAUAUAAUUCAGCUAUAAAAUUAGUUCGGCCCAAUCUUGUACAUUCUGAAUGCACAGAUGGCAGACUGUUUACUCAACUUGUAACUGUAUGGAGAUUUAGUCCUGGUCUACCUGACAAUUCAAAAACCUGUACUCUAGAUUUCUCAGUUGUGUUUGAAUUUCGCUCUCAACUUCAUUCUCAGUUGGCAACUGUAUUUUUUGAUGAAGUAGUGAAGACUAUGGUGAAUGCUUUUCUAAAAAGAGCUCGCGCUCUGCAUGGCCCAGAGUCUAUACAAAGUCAGAAGCCUAAAGUUAUAGACUACACUUCCUGACAGCUUCAAUUAUUAUUUGAUCUUAUAUAUAAUUAUAUAGUUUUUCAAAGAAAUCUUUUAACCUUAUAUGAAUUUUGUAUGAUUAGAAGCAUAAAAUUAAGAAACAAAAAAGUUGUUCAGCAUUUAUUUAAAACAAAAAAUAGUUUAAGUCUUUCUGCAGUUGUAGUAUUUUAAUGUAAAAUAUCACUAUAUACCAGUAUUGAUACUUAUUCUCUUAGGAAUCUAUUUUUGUCCUUAACAAAAUUUUGAAAAUUGUGUUUUAAAAUAAUCUACAAAAUUAACUUUUUUUUUUUGUUCCCUGUUAAUAUUCAUAUUUUUUUUUUAAAUAUCUCUAUAUAAUUUUUAGAUUUACAAAUGGAACAUUUUUUCUUGAGUUUGUUUAAGACAUUAUGAAAUUUUUUUUUAUUCAAUUUCAGACAAAAACAUUUGGUAUAGCAUAAUAUGGAUCUAUAGCAUUAGAUUUGUUUUCUUGUUUUGUCAAGGAACACAUAGACUUGUGGUUUUUCCAGUUCAAUUUGAAGGAAGUUUAAGUUACCUAAAGCCAACAGACAUUCUAAAAUAUGCACUAAAUAUACCAUUUUACGACUUGAAUACUUAUAAGUCAAGUAAAAUCAGUUACAAGCUAGAGAUCUAGUAUCUUUCCUCUGAUCUGCCUUGCAUCCCUCUGCCAUAUUUUGUUGUCAUUUUAUCUAAAUUAGAUUUUUAAAUUUUGUGCUUAACACAUUUAUAAUUGAAAGGUAUCUGUAUUUCUUAUAUUGAAAAAAGAGAAUAUUUCUGUUUAGCUUCAGCACUUCAGUGUAUAUUAGUCUGUAUAUUAAUGUAAUAAUUAUAUGUAAAUAAAUAAUGUGAUAAUUUUUUUUAAAAAAGCUUGAUAUCAUCAUGCUUAUGUUUAGUACAGAUGUCACUGUUAACUAUGUUUAUAAACUGACUUUGUAGGUGUCUUUUGAUGCAGGAAAAAAUUUGGAAAUAAGCUGCUGUUUUUGUGUUUUUUUCCAAUGUUUUUAAGUAAAAACACUUAAUAUUUAUUUUAAAAUUUAGGUAAAAGAAAAACCUUCUUACUUCACAGUAUUAUGUGAAAUAAACAUCGCAUCGCUUGUAAUUACUAAAAUGAAACAAGACAAAAUGUAUUGUUCAUGUAGUUCAUAGUUUUAGUUGGUAUCCCGGUGUUGCACUUCAUGUUUGCCUGUUUGGCUUUGAAUCAAGUUUGAACAUCUCAGUGCGUUAAUGUCACUGUAAGGAGUAAUGCGAUGGCAGCCCCAAAAGAAUGAAGUAAAACACAACUGUCUAUCUCAAUUUGUCUUUGAACUCUCCUUAGGAAAAAAACAAAACAGUUAACAAAAUAUGUUAAAAUGAAUUUUAUAAUUUCAUCCAAAAUUCGCAUUAUGUUUCAAAUAGUGGAAAAGAUUUGAUGAUUUUUCAAGCUCUACAGAUCAAGUUUUUUUUUUUAGUUCUAAAAUUAUGGACAACUAUAGUUUCAAUAAAAUAUUUUCAGUAUGCUU